GCUGCAGAUGGACCUGGCCACCAAGCAACACCAACUGUCAGAGAAAGACAAGUUGUUGUGUUCGUUGAGGGUAGAGCUCAAGGUGUACGAAAAGUUGGACGAAGCCUUCCGGAACGAAAAAGAUCGGCGCCCGAAUGGAGCGGAAGAAUGUCGGAAGGAUCAAAGCCAACCUCUUGAUCUGGGCGAACUCUUGACUGAGAUCCAGUUCUUGAGAAAGCAGCUGGAGCAGAGCAUCACAUCCAACCAGAUGUUGCAUGAGAAAGUGGAAGAGCAACUGCGUUUGGAAAAGGGGGGAAAGAACUGUUUGGGGCCAGCUUUGCAGAUCAGCUGCCUGUUCAGUCCCGAGUCCCAACAAUUUCAGACGGGGAUCAAAG